AUGCUUCCCGACGACACCUCUGGUAACUCAGACAGGCCCAAGAUCUACAUCAGCACCUCUACUCGCACCGGAGUCCUGAAGCGGAUUGUCUAUGCCGAUAGCCAAUACGUCCACUUCCGCGUUGCUAUCCAGUCCAUUGAUGAGCAUGGGCAAGUCACCACCUUUGCUGAGGAUCAUGGCACCUACCUUUCACUCAAGGCCCCUGCCUCUGUGGUCAAGUUUUCAUGGAGGGAGAGGCUCUCAGUUUGGUGGAGUCAAGUAAAGUGCUGCCAAUAG